CUCCCUCCGACCCCACCCGAUUCAUUUCCAUUCUCUCAAGUCACAACUUGACCAAACUUUGUGUUGCCGUAACUAUGUUGAGAAAUAAAACAGGAAUGUACAGAGGACGGGGCUGCGCUUUAAAACCACUGUAACACUCCAGGACAGCGGCUGUUGGGGAAUUGUUCUCGUGUUUCUUCUGUUUGUUUUUAUUGUGAUGUGACUGAAGCCCACCAGACCAGAGCUAUGAGUGAAAACGACAUCCUGGAGAUGGACUCUAUGUCUGACACCGAGGAGCUGCAGGGUGAUGCAGAGCUGGGCAUGGUAGACGAGGAAGUGGUUUACCCUGAAGAGUUUUUACCAACAUAUCAUAGUAUUCGAGAAGGAGCAAAAGUAGCCACAGCACAACAGGCAGAGUUUAACGGCAAACCCGACUCCCUGUUCUUCAAUGACGGUGUGCGGAGGAUCGACUUCAUCCUGGUGUAUGAAGAUGAGGAAAAGAAGGAGUUUGAGAAGAGGCACACAUUCCAGAGGCGCAAGAGGCGGCGAGAGUACUUUGAGGCCAGCCUGAUGAAGAUGGGCAUGGAGUUAGAGGCUACACCAUCUGUAGUAGAUGACAAACUCACAUUUGUGAAAAUUCACAUGCCGUGGGACGUGCUGUGCACCUACGCUGAAGUCCUACACAUCAAGCUCCCCAUCCAGGUCAAUGACCUGUCCUCCCGCCCCUCCCCGUGGCGAUAUUUCUCCUGGAUCGCGAAGCCCUUCUCUCCCAACGAAGACCUGAUCAGAAAGGAGACCGAGUUCUUCACGGCACCCUUUGAGAAAGACCGUCUGGACUAUUUCUAUGUCAAGGACAGAGACAUCUUCUUCACUUCAUCGAUGAGGAGCAGGAUGGCAUAUUACAUCCUGAGCCGAGCACCUUAUGAAAUACGAGGAACCAUAAAGAAGUUUGGCAUCACCAAACUGCUGGAUGGUGGCGUGUACAAAGCUGCCUAUCCUCUCCAUGACUGCAGGUUUAAUGUCAGGUCCAACGAAGAGGGCUGCCCCAAUGAGAGGUAUCUGCUCUAUGAAGAAUGGGCUCAUCCCAAAAGCUUCUACAAGACGCAACCACUUGACCUCAUAAGGAAGUACUAUGGGGAGAAGAUCGGCAUUUACUUUGCCUGGUUGGGUUUCUACACAAUAAUGCUUGCUCUGGCUGCUGCUGUGGGACUUGGCUGUUUCAUUUAUGGAUACACCACUCAAGAAACCAGCACCUGGAGCAAAGAGGUGUGCGACCCUGAUAUAGGAGGAAAGCUUGUAAUGUGUCCACAGUGCGACUCAUGCAAAUACUGGACAUUAAACAGCACCUGUGACACUUCAAAAAAACUUUGCAUAUUUGAUAACUUUGGAACUUUGGUGUUUGCAGUCUUCAUGGCAGUCUGGGUAACUUUGUUCCUGGAGUUUUGGAAGCGCUACCAGGCAGAGCUCGAGUACGAAUGGGACACUGUGGAGUUUCUGGAACAGGAAGAGCCACCUCGCCCAGAAUAUGAAGCCAAAUGUAUCUAUGAGAGGAAAAACCCAGUCACAGGGGUGAAAGAAAAGGUUCCAUAUACAGCCUGUGGACGAUGUGUUCGGGUGUCAAUAGGAAUGGGGACCGUCUUGUUCUGGAUUAUGUUGAUCCUGGCGUCCAUUGUGGCCAUCACUGUGUACCGCCUGGCUGUCUUCAUCACCUUCUCAUCUAAACUCAGAAACACCGACCUGAAGGAUCUGGAGCCAUUAAAGGAGUAUGUGACGCCUCAAAUGGCCACUUCUGUCACAGCCUCACUCAUCAGCUUUGUUGUAAUUAUGAUCCUCAAUGUUCUCUACGAGCGAGUCGCCAUCUGGAUCACAGAUUUUGAGCUUCCACGGACCAAGACAGACUACGAGAACAGCUUGACUCUAAAGAUGUUCCUCUUUCAGUUUGUCAACUAUUACUCCUCCUGUUUCUACAUCGCCUUCGCAAAAGGGAAAGCAGUUGGCUAUCCUGGAAAGCCUGUUUAUCUCCUGGGAAAAUACAGGAACGAGGAGUGUGAUCCUGGUGGUUGUCUGAUUGAGCUGACAACUCAGCUCGCUAUCAUCAUGGGUGGAAAAGCCAUCUGGAACAACAUCCAGGAGGUCUUGUUACCGUGGGUGAAGAAUUUGAUUUUUCGCUACUGCUCCAGUGCAGCAUCUGAAAAGGUGAUUCCUCGCUGGGAGCAGGACUACCAACUCCAGCCCAGUUCAAAGCUUGGACUGUUCUAUGAAUAUCUUGAAAUGGUCAUCCAGUUUGGCUUCGUUACCCUGUUCGUGGCCUCCUUCCCUCUGGCUCCGGUCCUGGCUCUGAUCAACAAUCUGGCUGAGAUUCGGGUUGAUGCCUGGAAAACCACAACUCAGUUUCGCCGCAUAGUGCCAGAGAAGGCCCAGGAUAUAGGAGCCUGGCAGCCCAUUCUUCAAGGCAUCGCCAUCUUAGCCGUGGCAACAAAUGCCAUGAUCAUUGCUUUUACAUCAGACAUGAUUCCACGGUUGGUGUACUACUGGUCCUUCUCUGUGUACCCGUAUGGAGAGCACCCUACGAACACCAUGGAGGGCUACAUCAACAGCUCCCUGUCCGUGUUCAAUAUCAAUGAUUUCCACAGCAAUUCACUCAUCACCAACACUUCAGUGCCCCCCAACUUCAGCACCUGCAGGUAUCGAGAUUUUCGCUUUCCUCCUGGACACCCCAGACAGUACGAGCACAAUGCCUAUUACUGGCAUGUGAUUGCUGCCAAAAUGGCUUUUAUAAUUGUUGUGGAGCACAUUGUUUACUUCACCAAGUUCAUCCUGUCCUACGUGAUCCCUGAUGUCCCGUACGCUGUCAAAGAACAAAUCAAACGAGAGAAAUACUUGACCCAAGUUAUCCUCCAUGAGACCAACCUUAAGCUGGUGACCAGACGUUUGAAAACCGUCGAAGAUGAGAUUAUGAGCAAUAUAGAGGCAAAAGUUGCCAAGGAGGAGAUUGAGCUGGAUUUCUGACAGUAGGUGAAAAUGUAUGGAAGAAGACAUCACACCUUUUCAGGUGUGCUACAAAAACAAAAAGUUCUUCCCUUAUGCUGUACAUCUAUGAUUACCAAGUUUUUGCAGCAUCCACCUACAUCUGUUCCAGUACUGAUUAAUACCCUGUGAACCAGAGACAAAAUUAGACCUGAAACAAGCCACAAACUUUGUUAUGAAAAGCUGUCUGGAAGAAGGUGUCUUCCUUGAAGAGCUGCUGGACAAAGAAACGAGGAACCACUGUUGACUGGUCUGCAUCCCAAACCACUGUCAUCUUUAACCACUUCGUGUGUUUUGCUUAAGUCAGGCUGGAAAAAGAGCAGCUAGUUGAUCUGACCUCUAUCAUUUCUAAGAGUGAACUUUUUCUAGUGGAAUUAGGUGAAAUAAUCCUGUUAGACUUAAAAACAUACAGUAAUAGCUGACACCACCGAGUGGGACAGUUGAUAUGAAGAUCUUUUGAACCACUUCAACAACAGCUUUUGGCACUGAUCUUGAGUUAGGUGCUAUUUGCUUAAAUCUGAAAGCAUUUUUGAGUUUUAACCCUCUGAAUUAAAAAAAAACAACAAAAAAAAACUCUACAAUUACCCUAAUUAUCAGAGCAGCCUCGUUAAAGAAAUAUUCACAGAAAUGUCAAAUGUUUAUAUGAUUUAUUGCAUUCAUACAUGUUUGAGUUCUCUCUACUUCUAGCCAUAGUUGUACUGUGUCCAUAGACAUUCAGGACUUUAUACUGCAGUGUAAAGUAUGAGUCCACACACUUUACCAUAUACAAAAAUGGCCAAAAAACUGCUUGGGGUUCAGAGGGUUUAACUAUUCAGAUGUAACGUUUAUUAAUUUUACACAACAAAACCUUUAGUAAAUACUUGAGCAAACACUGACAUUAGGCGCAACAAAAGUUUCAGCAGGUUAUCGAACCAGCUGGGUGUUUUAUGUAAUGAUGUUUACAAUCAGAAUUGGAUGUAAGAGCAAAGAGAAGCAGGGAUACUAAAUCAGAGCCCUCCACUGUGAAGCUUCACCAUAAUGCAACGUCCUAACGGUGUCCACUUACUAGUUUUCUUUCCGGUCCUCUCAGUUCUACCACAUGGUCUUUAUCAGCAGAUGGAACCAGCUGACCUGUCGUUGUUAUGAUGAGCUGUAGCACUUGUAUGACUUCCAGUGUGUUUUAGCUUUAUAAGAAUGAUAACAGUGAGGGUGAAAGACAAAUCUGCUAAGGCAUUCUUAAAUCUUUUUUUGUACUUUAGUGCCUUUCAGUCUUCUGACUAUAUAUAUUUUAGCUUUGCUUCAUCAGCCUGCAGUGCUGCCAGUAGCAUCUCCCUCCGUCCAUUCAGCUACGCGUUGCAAGCUCAGAGCUCUUACUGACAGGGAGUGCACUGCAGAGACAUUCCUUUAGCCAUAAAAUAUCAGUAUUGCGAGAUGCAAAUUUGCACCACUUUUGAAUGCUAUGCGACGUUUAACUCAGACCACAGAGCCGAGGUGAUCUGUCAAACGGUUCAUAUUGUUAUACAGAGAUAAUUAGACUGUUCAUGAACUAACCUUUUACUACAUCUUUGAGCUAAAUGUGCUUCAGAUUAUACUCUGUAAGCUUUGUGUUUUAUCACUUUUGAGACAAUCACAUUAAGUUUUAUUUGGAAAUAAACUCGUUUGACAGGUGAAAACUGUGGAAAAGCUUUAUGUCAAAUGCAGUUCAGUUCAGCCUGUGUUGUGUAAAUAAAAUGACUGCAGCUGUGUGACGUGGAUGGUCAAGGAUGUGAGUAUAGUCUCUCUUUCUGUUCACAUGUACUCACGGUUUAUUUUCUAGGAUUAUACACAAUGCAGUAAUCCUCCUGUGACCACCUCUGCUGUAUUAUUACUUCACUUUGUUCUAAACCAUGGUACUAUAACCAACAUGUAUGCAGACAGUAUCAUAUGUCAGCUGUAUCUGAGGAUGCAUAUCUGUUGUCUUUUUGUUUUAUAUUGUCAUUAAAUUGUUUUGUAUAAAAAGUU